AUUGGACGAAAAUUUCGACCAUCCAAACCGUUAGAUUGGUUACUCAAGAGUAAUGAUAGGAGUGAGGACGGAUAUCUGAUGACUUGGGGAGAAGGGGUCAGUUAUAAAGUCCGUAUAAUAUUACAUGCAAUAUUACAGCACGAUGUGGAUGGUAACAAUAUUUCAUGUAUUGACAUGGUUUGUGUUCCUCACUGAUGGGACGGACAUCUUAACUUUUGAGUUCGAAGAAUUUGCUGUUGCUCAGAAGUAUCCCAGUUGUCGUAUAAAACCUCGUUCUAACGCGUCAAAUCAGAAGACCGUGUUGCUGUAUGAAGGUGAAAGUUUACACAUCGACUUGUGCGUUACUGGGAGACAUGAAGUAUCUGUCAAACACCUAACUUAUUCAAAUGAUGGACCAAGUGACAUCAUCUCAAUUAUAGCAGAUGGAAAAACACUUGACAGCAUUAUCACAAACAAUGAGACAAACUUUGGCUAUGAUUGGAACAUAUUUCACAAAAGCCGCACCGUCGGGGAAAGACAGACAAUAGAUGAUGGAAGAUUUACCCUGAUCAUAAGAGCUCUUUCCACAGACCCAUAUGGUUUGGAGCUUGACUAUCUGACUCUUGAGUUCAGCAACAAAGUCUCAGUGGACGAGAUUUUGUGCAAGGAGACAGAGACACAAGAGGCAACGCAUACUGCGUCUUACCUAUGCAGUCGUAAAGACAGACCAGACACAGCUGACAACGCUACCACCACUGAUACCGCGACGACCAUGACUCCAACAUCGUCUUCAGUUUCAACGACAGCUGCUGUUCCUGUUCGAUCUGAGACUGUCGUAUUCCAGGGUGAUUCUGGAGUAAUUUCUCUUCGCCGAGCCACCAAGUUUGUUUGCCAGGAAGAGAUGGCCAAGUUCCUUGUUACCUCGAGAGACACGAACAUACUUUAUGUCUCUACAUUACACAGAACAUCCAUCAUCGCCCCAGUGCACCCAAGUUUUGCCCUGAGCAACACACCCGAUUUUACAGAAUCACGUCCAUCUGUUCUCAUCGAAGGGUUUUCUGGUCGAGGAAAGAAUAUGUGGGUUGUAAUUGACGAGAAAGACACUGAAGUAUCAGUCAUUGUCAUUUCAGUCCCUGUUCCAUCUUUUGGACAAAUGUCACCGAAACUGAUUUUCUACCAAGACGGUCAUUUACGUCUUUUCCCCUACCAUCCAGUCUAUGCCCAACCUAAGUUCUACUUGACGAGUCCUGAAGACGGACAGGGAUCAUCUGGCCUUGACAUUGAUACGGUUGUUGUAGCUGUUACAGACACCGAACUAGAGCUUAAGGUAAAGAGCGGAAGUCACAUGACGAAAAUAUACCUGGGGCUUGGAGAUGGGUCGACUCGACUGACGGUGAUGGUUGACAAGGAGAGUGAGUCGAGACUCCUGUCUGUUGUGACACCAUGCUGGCUUGGCAGUGACCCGUUUAUGCGUCUGUUUGCCCGUGUCGGGUCUGAGGACUUUAGGUCUCUGUUUGUAUCAUCAGAUCCGUUGUCUGGGAAACGUAUUUCAAUGAGAAUCGAUGAGAUGAAAAAGAAAUAGACGAUCUCAGGGUGGUAACAUAUGGUUUGAAAUCGAACACUGAACAACAUAUAUUGAUGUCACGAACCCUUCAGACUAUGCAGUUACUGGGAUCAUAUAACGCCCCUCUGUUGUAUAACCAACAUAACCCAUAUAAAUAUUUAGUUCACAAACACUGUGUCGCAUGCGAUAUAAUAGAUUAUGCUCCUUUUGACAAAUGCGCCAAUGUCACAUACAAUAUGUACAAGUAACCAGUUUAGUGUUGUAGUCCGACUUAUUCUAACGUAGUGACGUGUGUUAUACACACGCACGCACGCUCGGACGCACGCAUAUAUAUUGUUAUUAAGACUUUACAUGAUAUGUCACUGAAGCAGUUGGAACUGAGACCUUUAAUAAAGCUUCU